UAAAUAAAUAAAUAAAGAAUAAUUGCAAUAUUUGCUAUAAAAAUCAUUAAAUAAUCACAAGUGCAGAACGUGUGAAUUCUCAGCGUUGAUUUUUUGCUGCUUCUUCAGCUGCAGCAACAACAACAACGAAAGCAGCAAAUAGAACAAAAAACUACAACAACAAGAUGUACUAUCCGCCCGCUGAUAGCUAUACCGGUUAUCGGAUAACUCCACCCCAGAGUCAUAGCAACAACAUCAACAAUAACAAUAACAACAACAACAACAACUGCAGCAGCAGUGUUAAUCACGUUAGCAGAAUGGACACCGAUGAUGUUGAAUCGAAUACAAGCAGCGCCAUGUCCACACUGGGCACACUCUUCUCCUUCACAUCGCCAGCGGUUAAGAAGCUGCUGGGCUGGAAGCAAGGCGACGAGGAGGAGAAAUGGGCCGAAAAGGCUGUCGACAGUUUGGUGAAGAAACUAAAGAAACGCAAAGGCGCUAUUGAGGAACUAGAACGCGCGCUCUCCUGCCCCGGUCAGCCAUCCAAGUGUGUGACCAUUCCACGCUCACUCGAUGGGCGUUUACAGGUCUCGCAUCGCAAAGGACUGCCGCAUGUGAUCUACUGUCGCGUCUGGCGCUGGCCCGACUUGCAGUCGCAUCAUGAACUCAAACCGCUCGAAUUAUGCCAAUAUCCGUUCAGCGCCAAACAGAAGGAGGUUUGCAUUAAUCCGUACCACUACAAGCGUGUGGAGAGUCCAGUGCUGCCGCCAGUGCUGGUGCCGCGUCAUUCGGAAUUUGCGCCCGGCCACUCGAUGCUGCAGUUCAAUCAAAUGGCCGAGCCGAGCAUGCCGCAUAAUGUGAGCUACUCCAACAGCGGCUUCAAUUCGCACAGCUUAAGCAACAGCAACACUUCGGUGGGCAGUCCAAGUUCUGUUAACUCCAAUCCCAACUCGCCGUAUGACAGUUUGGCGGGCACACCGCCACCAGCUUACAGCCCCUCCGAGGAUGGCAAUUCGAACAAUCCAAACGACGGCACACAAAUGCUCGAUGCCACAAUGGGCGAUGUGGCGCAGGUUAGCUACUCGGAGCCGGCAUUCUGGGCCUCCAUUGCCUACUACGAGCUCAACUGUCGAGUGGGCGAGGUUUUCCACUGCAACAACAAUUCAGUGAUUGUCGAUGGCUUUACGAAUCCCUCGAACAACUCGGAUCGCUGCUGCCUGGGACAGCUGAGCAAUGUGAAUCGCAAUAGUACCAUAGAGAAUACACGCCGUCAUAUAGGCAAAGGUGUGCACCUGUACUAUGUCACCGGCGAGGUUUAUGCCGAAUGCUUGUCCGAUUCCGCCAUCUUUGUGCAGUCGCGCAAUUGUAAUUAUCAUCAUGGCUUCCAUCCGAGCACUGUGUGCAAAAUACCGCCCGGCUGUUCGCUCAAGAUCUUCAACAAUCAGGAAUUUGCUCAACUGCUCUCGCAAUCGGUGAACAGUGGCUUCGAGGCUGUCUAUGAGUUAACUAAAAUGUGCACAAUACGCAUGUCCUUUGUCAAGGGCUGGGGUGCUGAAUACCAUCGCCAGGAUGUUACCUCCACGCCCUGCUGGAUCGAAAUACAUUUACAUGGACCGCUGCAAUGGCUGGACAAGGUGCUCACGCAAAUGGGCUCACCGCAUAACGCUAUAAGCUCCGUAUCCUAAAGACAAAAUGCAAAAAAGCAACAAGUUUAACAAAAACAAAAGAAACAAAAACAACACACACACACACAUGCAGU